GACCUGUUGCUGGAAACAGCUGUCAACAUUGCCAAUUAUGGCUGCAGUCAUCAAUUCAUCGUUUUUGAAUUUUAAAGAUGGUCAUAUUGUCCUGCCUUCUGAAGCUAAUGGAGCGUUGCUGCUUAUCAUGCUGGGGAAAGUAUUUCUCAAUCUCUUUCUAUUGCAAGUCAGAAAACCCAGUCACCAUCAGAGUUUUAUGAGCUACUUCUGCAUUUCACUAGCUAUCUUUGACUUGAUACUUCUGGGGAUGAUGUUCCUCAUUUUCUGUAAUCGGAAUGCUUUGAUUGGGGAGAUUAGGUUUACUGAGUACCACGUCUGUCUUUUGCCUCAGAUCACCGCCUUUGUCUAUGGAAUUUUACAUUACCCAGUUUCUUUGAUAGCUGGUUUGGAUUAUUGCCUUACAAUAACCCACACUUCCAAAUAUCAGAAUAAAUGUUGGAAAUCACUGUACAUCGUUGCUGUGUUACUCACAUGGAUUUCUGUGCUUGGUUAUGUUCUGAAUCUUCAGAGCAGUUCUUUAUGGCCAAACCUAAAUAAUGACAAUUAUGGACAUCAAUGUCCUUUCUACAUUAGCAGCCAAAGUUACUGGCUCUCGCUUGGUAUGUUGUCCAUAAUAUGCUUGGUUCUUGUUUUCUGUUGGUCAGAAAUUAUAAAUAUGAUGCAAUCCACUAAGUUUAUUUCCUUUGAUAGAGACAUUGUUCUGCUGUUUCCUUAUGAACUUGAGGGCAGCGCCAGAGAUCGUUCAAAACAUCUUUUGUCAAGACUUCUGAUCAGCUUUAUGGGCACUUGGACACCAUUUAUUAUGCUCCAAAUGCUCAUUGUGUUACUUAAUGCUGAGAUUCCUGCCCACAUUGAGAUGAAUGUCCCUUGGCUUUGUUUUGUCAACAGCUUUCUUAUUGGGAUUGCAUGUUGGGUGAGACGCCAAGACAUUGAGUUCACUGAAGACUCUUGGGAUGUGGAUCCAUUUGUCAGUUGGAAAUUUUGCUUUACACCUUCCAGCUUUCAAAACACUGAUAAAGCUGUAAAGCUGGACAAUGAAAUCAUACUCUGUUAAUGAGCUAUCGUAUGAUAAUAUAGACUGGAUUGCAAUCAAUGGAGAAGACUGCAAGUUAAGUUUACGAACUACAGGAGAGGAAGAACAUCAAAUGAGAUAUUGGUUGAAAAUUUUCUCAAGUUCUGCGUGUAUAGGAACAUGGCAAUAUAAAAGAAUACUACACUGUUUUCCAAGUUGAAUUUCCACUAUGGGUUGUUAUUUCAAAA